GAAUGCGAAACACAUGGAUACAUGUCGAGACUUAGUGAUAGUUUACUGACAAAAGAGUGAAAAUUUCAAAUAUUUUAAAACAUCAUAUUGAUAAAAUAGAAGCCAUACGAUGAUCAUUUGUCGCGUCUGUUUGGACAACAAUGAUACGUUGAUUCCAUUGAUAUCGGAUAACGCCGAUGCAAGACCCUUAGUGUACAUGCUGAACGGAUUCACGAUUAUUAACGCUGAAAAGCAACUACCAAAAUACAUUUGUGAGACAUGCGCUGCACACUUAGACGCUGCGUACUCCUUUAAGAGAAAGUAUGAGGAUUCUAUUGUCAGAUUUGUUCGCCAGACAUCGUAUAAUGAGGAAUCGGAUGCAAUGAUAACUUGUGAGAGUAGCAGGACCAGCAAAAUGUAUUAUCAAAGAGAUUUUCAACUUGAGACUGAGACAAUGCGAUUAAGCUACCUGACGGAGUACGAUUUGACUACUGAUGAGGACAAUGAUGGUCAAGUCUUGACAAAAUUAAUAUCAUUGGGUGACCGACCACCCAAUGAUGCAGAGCGGUUGAAUUCUGAUGAUGACAAAAAGGAUAGAUGUCAUGGUCUGGCAGGCUACUCUAAUAUUUGGAAUGAAAAUUACGCGAAUUUGAGUCAAAAACAUUCGGACAACGGAUCGGUGCAUGAAGCUUUGGAAGGACCUGAAGCAGUUCAAGGAUCGCAGGACAUCAGUAGCGUGUAUCAAGAGUCAAAUCUCCUACCAGAUGUGGUAAAUAACCAAGACGAUGAUGGUCUAUUUCAAUGUGAAGUGCAUCACCAAGACAUCCACAAUCAGACUCAAGAGGCGCUUCUUCCAUACGAUAUGUUUAAUAGCCACGAAAGAAAUGGUAAUCUAUUACCCUAUAUUAUCAAUCCCCACGACAUUAACAAUGAGGAUGAACAGUCGAAUCUUCUACCAGAUGUGUACAAUAACCAAGAAACAGAUGGUGAGUCAUCGCAUUCUUGUAUCUAUCAGCAGGACAUGAAUAAUGAGGAUGGAGAUUCGAAUAUUCUUCCCGAUGAUGUUAUUUCCAACCGCGAUGAUGAGACGCUUAGCUUAGAAAAUCCAAAUUCAUGCUGUACCGAGCAAACGAAUCAGCCGAACAAUAUUGACAAUGAAAAUGGACAACAAGACGAACUAUUGGAGUACUUGAAACUGAAACGAUCAGAGACGGCAUCGCCGGAAAUUUUUAGUAAGGUGUAUCAUUACGGUUACGGUAUGAAACCGUUAAAAUGUGACGUCUGCUGUAGGUGGUUCAAAACUGAGAGACAUAUCAGAGCUCAUCUGUUCCAUCAUUAUUUAGAUGAGAAAAAAAUCAAGUGCAGGAAAUGUCGGUUGACAUUUCUAACAGAGCCCCACUUCAGAAAUCACAGAUGCGUUUCGCCAAUAUAAGUAUGAAAGGGAAAACUAAGCGAGAAAAUUCGAACAGCAAUUAAAUUCAGUCAUAGCAUUAACUCAUACCAUUAACACUGAAUCAAACUUUUUGUUGUUAUGUGCGAUACAAUAAAUGAAAUU